AUGACGGAACCACUGCGGAACCACGGCGAUGCCACUGCGAUUUAUGCCGUACAAGCACCGCAGUGGCACCGCACCUCUGGUGUGACGGGGAUAUUACUUACAAUUGCUGCUGCCUGGCGACUUCAAUGCCAGAAUUAUGUGACCCUCAUCAUCAGACGUCUGACUUCAAUCACAAAGAUGCAGGAAGACAGCCCUGGUCGGCGGGGUAGAGCUAGGAUCACGGCCGAGGAGUACAACCACUCACUCAGCAAACUCGUCGGCACGAAGAGGAAGGUUAAGCCAAGUCGUAAGGCGGCAUUCAUGGCCGCCUUUCCAGUCAAAGCCUCUUCAAGACUCUAUUCUGAUGAAGAAGGAGCAUCCGUCCUGCCAGUGAAAGCAGCUUCAGUAACUCAGCCUGAGCACAGCAAAACUGCGACAACAGACGAUACAAUCAGUCAAGCUGAAGUUAAAAGUCCCGUUGAUGUGAGACAGAAAUUGCAGGUUUUUGUCCGAGGUCUCCUCUUACCAAAGACACUUUGCCUGCAAUUAGAUCCGGAGACAUCCGUAUCUGAUUUAAAGGCAUUGGUUGAAAAUAAGAGUGGCAUCCCGCCUCAAGAUCAACACCUUUACAUCGGGAGAAACUUUCAGCUUUGUGACCUACUCUCCAUUUGCGACCAUGGGAUACAACAAGACCAGAACAUCGAGCUUCGCAUAAGCGGCUUGCUGGGCGGUGGAUUAGAAGAAGAGCAGUCGAGAAACGUUUACUUCUCAAACUUGUCACGCGAGCUUGGACCACAAUGGGAGGACCUUGCCAUCCAUUUGGGAUUCUUGGUCAGUGAGGUUGACACAUUCAGAGCAAACUACCCAGGAAACGUAAAACAGCAGAGCUUCAGGAUGUUAGAUGCCUGGUGGAAGGACAACCCCGAAGACGCCCCUGAGAAGCUGAGAGAGGCCCUGAAAGCAAUAAGACGUGUAGACUUAUCACUGCAAGUACAAGCCACUGCAGGUGCCUCUUUUGACGUUGAGCAGUGUGCAAGAGAUCUGGCAGCACAUUACCGGGAGACGAUGAAAGUGACGACACAUCCUAAAGAGAAGCACAUAGCUAGAGAGAUGGAUGACCUGUACGUCAAUCCACAGCUACUAGAAGAGACGAACAUACCAUCUCCUGUCUCCUCAUCAGAGACAGAGAUGCAGGCAGAAACAGUCAGCCAAUCGGAGAAUUUGAAAGCAUCCAAAAGAACUAGAGGUAUCCCUGAUCUUCCAAAAUCACAACCUGAUAAGAAAAAAGGGCUUCAUGUUCAGAACAUUUCCCUUGACUCAUAUAAAGACAUGCUUGUGCUCAAAUCAAAUCGAUUAUUAAUCAGAGCUGAGGCGGGUUACGGGAAAACCACACUCCUUAAAAGGAUUGCAUACGAUUGGGCGGAUAUGAAAACCAAGGGGAAUCAAACUGAAAACCAACAACAAACUGAGCCCACAUCAGUUCUGGAAAGCUACGAGCUUGUCUUUGUGAUAGAUGUCAAUCGAAUGGGUAAGAAAUUCGACAUCAUCGACGCCAUAUUCUCUCAGAAACUCACAUACAGCAAACUGAAAAAGAGAGACUUACAACAAUACAUCCAUGAUAACCCAGAGCGCAUAUUAAUUCUUUUAGAUGGCACUGAUGAGAUUUCUUUACAAAGAGUAAAGGACGCACAGUGCAAUAACGGAUUUGACUUGAACGGUGUACUAUCGUUCAAAUCACUGAAGUCGUGCAAGGCAGCAUAA